AUGCCUGAUGCCCAGUUCAGCAGCAUGAGGCUAGCUCAAGGCCAGGUUUUCCUUGCACAAACUUCCAUAAUACGGUCUCAGCAAGCGGAUUGUCCUAACUGCAUCCUUUCACAAACUCUUUGUUCUACAUCUAUGAAAGCAUGUACUAGAAUUCCCGCUGCAGGGAAUUCUAGUCCAUCCCUCGUGUAUCUCAGUGGGCUGCCAGGAUGCCUUCCCUGGGAGGUGGGCAAGAUGGCUGUGAUCCCAAGGCCAGAUGUGGGUUUCAACUUUCUCAUGGGACAGCUCCCUAGAUGUGGACCAGGGAAGCUUUACUUCUGCCCCACUUAUCAGGUGGGUGUCUCAGUUGCUGGGGGCAAACAGACUUUAAAGAAUAUCUACUGCAGCUAA